UUUUUGUCCCUCGCGGUCGCCCUCGACCAUAUUCCGCAUACGUGCUCGAUAGGGGCUACAAUUCCUCUACCGACCUUCUCGCAUUGCGCUCCGUCAACAAACAGUUGUGUGCCAUAUGAGCUUGGGUCCUGAUUCUUCCUCAGGCUCAGCAAUUGAUCGUCGCGAUCCUUCACAAACGGCACUGAAUGUGCGCUUGGUGCUAGCUGAUAGUCCGUGCGAAUCGCGAUUGCACGCCCAUCGUUCAAGUGCUUCACCUUAGCGCACUGUCACAGUCCUUCGGUUUACACUAUGUCGGUUGCCACGAUGCUACAACCUGCUUCAAGAACGUCCACUUCCUCUUCCUCGUCUUUUCAACCCAUGACGCGUCAGAACACUAUGUCGUCUCACGACACGCGGUCUCUCCGCCAAUCGAAGCGGAUGUCAAUGAAUGCGCUGUACAUGUCAAUGUCAGCGAAGGAUAGAGACUUGGAAAUCUCGGAUGAUCUAGCUAGAGCCCAGAAAUUCCUGCAAGAAUUGAAAACGAAUAUUUCCUCACAAUCAAAGAAGAAUUUUGUUCUCGAAAAGGAUGUCCGAUAUCUGGAUUCUCGCAUCGCGCUGUUGAUCCAGAAUCGUAUGGCCCUAGAAGAGCAAAACGAAGUUGCCAGCCACCUCGACGAAGUCCUGGAUCCUCAGGAGGGGUUCUUUCCCAAUGACGACAAAACCCAGAAAUACGGCAAUCUCUUGUUUCUCCUUCAGUCUGAGCCGCGCCACAUCGCCCAUCUAUGCCGACUCGUCUCCAUGUCCGAGAUAGAUUCCCUCUUACAAACGGUCAUGUUCACCAUUUACGGAAACCAGUAUGAGAGCCGUGAGGAGCAUUUGCUCCUGACUAUGUUUCAAUCGGUUCUUACCUAUCAAUUUGACAACACACCGGAAUACUCAUCCCUCCUCCGCCAGAACACCCCGGUCUCACGCAUGAUGACGACAUACACGCGACGUGGACCUGGUCAAAGCUAUCUUAAACAAGUCCUCGCCGACCAGAUUAAUUCUUUGAUUGAGCUGCGUGACGUCGACCUGGAAAUUAAUCCCCUGAAGGUAUAUGAGACCAUGGUGAAAGAGAUUGAAGAAGAGAAUGGGUCGCUGCCUGACUACCUUGCGAGAUCGGUGACUGCGGAAGCCGCGGCCGAGAACAAGCAAGUGCAGGCUAUUAUCGAGCCGCGCUUGAAGAUGCUUACGGAGUUGGCCAAUAAGUUCUUGUCCACCAUCAUAGAUCAUGUUGACGAAGCUCCGUAUGGCAUAAGGUGGAUCUGCAAACAAAUCCGGAGCUUGUCUCGACGCAAAUACCCUGAUGCGCAGGACCAGACGAUUUGCACCCUCAUAGGAGGAUUCUUCUUUCUCCGAUUCAUCAAUCCAGCCAUCGUCACCCCGCGGUCUUACAUGCUAAUUGAGUCGACCCCCACCGAAAAGCCCCGUCGCACGCUCACAUUGAUCGCCAAGAUGCUUCAGAACUUGGCAAAUAAGCCCUCCUAUGCCAAGGAGCCUUAUAUGGCAAAACUGCAACCGUUCAUCGAGCAGAACAAGGAACGGGUCAACAAGUUCAUGCUUGACCUGUGUGAGGUGCAGGAUUUCUAUGAGAGCUUGGAGAUGGACAACUACAUCGCACUGUCUAAGCGUGAUCUGGAGUUGCAGAUUACGCUGAAUGAGAUGUAUGCCACGCAUGCCUUGUUGGAGAAACACAACGUGGCCUUGGCACAAGAUCAACAUUCCCAUCUUCACGUGUUGUUGCAGGAGCUUGGUACGGCACCGCCCCAGGUUCCGCGCAAGGAAAAUAGGACCAUCACAGUCCCCCUGUUUAGCCGCUGGGAAACUACUGCAUUGGAUGAUCUGACCUCGGCCCUUGAUAUCACGCAAGAGGAAGUGUUCUUUAUGGAAGCCAAGUCGACCUUCGUCCACAUCCUGCGUUCGUUGCCAACGGACUCCCCAGUCGCUCGGCGCCCACUUCGCCUUUACCGCAUUGCAGAGGCGGCAGCAACCUCAAAGACCGGCGAUGCGGCCAUGGUCAAGAAAGGAAUCCGCACUAUGGAGUUGCUGAGCCAGCUCCAGGAGAUGGGAGUGAUUGAUCGAUCGGACGAUUUCAGUCUUCUCCGCGACGAGGUGGAACAAGAGCUGGUUCACCUGGGAUCUCUGAAAGAAAAGGUCUUGGAGGAGACGAAGAAGUUGGAAGAAGUGUUUGCCACCAUCCGCGAUCACAAUGCCUACUUGGUGGGUCAGCUCGAAACGUACAAAUCGUACUUGCACAACGUCCGAAGCCAAUCAGAGGGCAAACAACGUAAGCAGCAAAAGCAUCAAGAGCUUGGUCCCUACAAGUUCACCCAUCAGCAGCUGGAGAAGGAAGGCGUGAUUCGGAAGAGCAAUGUCCCUGAAAACCGUCGAGCGAAUAUCUAUUUCAUGUUCAAGAGUCCGUUGCCUGGCACUUUUGUCAUCAGCCUUCACUACAAAGGCCGUGCUCGUGGACUUCUAGAACUGGAUCUCAAGCUUGAUGAUCUGCUCGAAAUGCAGAAAGACAACCAGGAGGACCUGGACUUAGAGUAUGUUCAGUUCAAUGUCUCAAAGGUACUCGCACUUUUGAACAAACGAUUCGCACGGAAGAAGGGCUGGUAGGAAGCCCUCGGUAUUCGGCCUUCACGCCGAUUACCGUGACGACUUACAUGAAUUUGAGCGACCGGCUUGCAAGAAACGCUUCAUGUUCGGGCGACCGUACUUGUGGGGCAGACGUUGCUGGUGUAUCCGUUCGUUCUACGCUACGAUUCAGAGAUGGUUGGAUGAUUGACGGGGAAUUACCUUCUUCGCUUAUUCCCGAUUUUCCCACGACGGGGUUCGACGAUUGAUCAUCGGCAGCGUUCCGAUGAUUUUCAGUCUCAGUUCUGCUUCCC